UUAAAAACGUAUGGAUUAGAUCCUAAUUAUUAUUACACCGCACCGGACAUGUCUUUUGACUGUAUGUUAAAGCAUACAAAGAUCGAGUUGGAACUCUGAAAUGACUACGAUAUGCUUAUGAUGUUAGAGCAGGGUAUUAGAGGGGGUUUAACAACUGCAGUUCGCAGAUACUCUGAAGCUAAUCACAUAGGACUUCCUGGUUAUGAUGAUACUAAGCCGGAUAACUGGAUUGUUUAUCUCGAUGCUACAAAUUUGUGAGUAAAAUUGAUUUUUUUUUUUUAAAUUUUAUAUAAUAGUUUUACUAUAAUAUAUAAUUAUUAUUAUUUUUUUUUUAUAAUACUUUCAGAUAUGGAUGGUCAAUGUCGCAAUACUUGCCUAAAGAUGGGUUUAAAUGGAGCGAAAAAAAUUUAAGUGUUCCGGCAGUUUUAAAGAGAUUGGAAGAAACACCAGCUGAUUCGUGUAAAGGGAUGAUAUUAGAAGUUGAUGUUUCUUAUCCGACGCAAUUGUAUUGAUAAUCAUAAUCAUAAUGAUUUACCAUAUUUACCUGAUAAAAAAAUACCAUCUGGAUCUAAAUUUCCCAAACUUUUAGCCACAUUGGAAAAUAAAAAAAAAUAUAUUGUACACUAUAAAUCUUUAAAGCAAGCGUUACAGGCAGGAUUAGUUUUAGAAAAAGUACACCGUAUUAUUGAAUUUAAUCAAUCACCUUGGCUCGCAAGUUACAUUUCUCUGAAUACAAGGAUGAGGGCGAUGGCGAAAAAUACUUUUGAAAAAGAUUUUUACAAACUUAUGAACAAUUCCGUGUUUGGUAAAACGAUGGAGAACGUUCGCCUAAGAUUGAAAAUGGAACUUACGAGCAGCGAGGCAAGAUACAGAAAACUUGUCAAUUUACCAAACCAUAAAGGCACAACAAUAUAUGGUGACAACUUGUGUGCUGUACAUUUACAUAAAGACGAUUUAGUUUUUGAUAAGCCCAUGUACAUAGGAUUUGCCGUUUUAGACAUAUCUAAAACUCUAAUAUUCAUUGAUAUACCUGGUGAAAACAAAAAAUUUUUAUGAGGAUAUGGAACAUAAUCGAGG